AUGUACGAGUUACCGAGCCUGGUAAAGACGGCGUACUACGCUUGCAACCAGAUCGAGCGCGCCAACUAUGACUUGUUGAGAACACAGCACGUCGAUUUGCGAAGUUGUUGCGAAUCGCUGUUCGAACUGUUCAAAGCCGACAGAGACACAGACGAGGACGACGGCAGGGAGACAAUGUACAGCAGAUCGUCAUGGCGCAGCGGGUUUAAAAAGGUGUGCGAGGCGGCAGCGUUCUACGGACACAUCGAUUGCCUGAGACUCGCUCGUGCGAUCGGCGUCCCUUGGGAAGGCCGUUUCAGUUAUAUCACUCAACAUAUCAUUGAUACCAUGAGCUUAGGUUCGGCGUGCGAAAUGGCUGCGGUAUCGGGCAAUCUGGACUGUCUACGGUAUGCACGGGACAACGGCUGCCCGUGGGACGAAAAUACGUGUGCCUAUGCCGCGUUGAACGGUCACAUAGACUGUUUACGGUAUGCACGUGACAACGGGUGUCCCUGGGACGAAAACACGUGCCGAUACUCGGCGUUGAACGGUCACAUGAAUUGUCUCGUCUAUGCACGGGACAACGGCUGCCCAUGGGACGAAAUGACGUGCGCCGAUGCCGCGAAAAACGGCCACAUGGACUCUUUACGGUAUGCACGGGACAACAACUGCCCGUGGGACGAAAUGACGUGUGCCUAUGCCGCGUUGAACGGUCACAUAGACUGUUUACAGUAUGCACGUGACAACGGGUGUCCCUGGGACGAAGACACAUGCCGAAACUCGGCGACAAACGGUCACAUGAAUUGUCUCGUCUAUGCACGGGACAACGGCUGCCCGUGGGACGAGGAUACAUGUUUCAAUGCCGCGUUUUAUGGUCACGUAGACUGUCUCGUGUACGCACGGGAAAACGGCUGCCCGUGGGACGUGGAUACGUGUGCCGUUGCCGCGUUGAACGGUCACAUGAAUUGUCUCGUCUAUGCACGGGACAACGGCUGCCCGUGGGGCGAGGAUACGUGUUCCAGUGCCGCGUUCCAUGGUAACUUGCACUGUCUCGUCUUUGCACGAGAGAAUGGGUGUCCAUGGGACGAGUGGACGUGUAUCGUCGCCUCGAUGAACGGUCAUGUAGACUGUCUCGUUUACGCAAAGACCAAUGGGUGCCCGUCGUAA